AUGAUUCCAUCAAGAAUGUCAAAUUCCAGAUGUAGCACAUCCCAAACUGGGGAUUUAACCAAACCCGAUAGAGCCAUUGACGAAAUCUUUGGAUUCGGUCAACAAGGUCUCUCUGUAAUCGCGCAACUUUCUUCACAAGGGAUCGCUCCAGAUGCUUUCUCUCAUUGUCUCGUCGGAAACGGUGGUGGUGGUGGGAUUCUUGUUCUAGGUCAGAUAAUCGAGCCAACCAUGGUGUAUACUCCAUUAAUCCAGUCACAGAGUCGUUGGGUAUUUGGGGUCGAAUCUGUUUGUGAGACGGGUCUACCGAAAUAUCAAUAUAAGUCUGAAUUAUCUAAUGACUUCUGUUAUGAAACAGAAAGAAGAGAAGACCUUGAGAAUGUCAAAAUGGUGCAAGAGAAAGAGAAUGUGCAGCUUAAAAGGAUUAACACUGAGUAUGAAAAAAUCAAAUUACAGCUGGAAGACCAUGAAAAGAAACUGAGAGCACGUGAAGUGAUAAACGACUGUGAGAAUAAAAAGCUUGACACUGAGAAGAAAAUGAAAAAAAAAGAGAAACUUCACCAGAAGAUUAUUGAUCUUCAAAAGAAGCUUGAUGAUAAGCAACGAUUGGAGCUAGAGAUCAAACAGAUGAAAGGAGCCAUGGAAGUAAUGAAGCACAUGACUCAUGAAGAUGUUGAAGCAAAGAAGAAUUUUGAGUCGAUAAAAGAUCUGAAAGAAAAAGAAGAGGAACUUGAGGAUUUGGAAGAGCUUAAUCAAUCAUUGGUAAUUAAAGAAAGACUAAUCAAUGAUGAGUUACAGGAUGCUCGCAAAGAGUUGAUUUCUGAUUUGAAGGAAAUAUGUGGUUCUGGUAGGGCCCAUAUUGGUGUGAAAAGAAUGGGGGAUCUUGAUGCAAAGCCUUUCAUAGUUGAUGCUCAGAAACGUUGUUUAAGUCGAGAGGAUACAAUCAAGUUUCUAUCAAUAUGGGAGGAUCAUCUCAGGGAUCUAAGCUGGCACCCAUUUAAGAUCAUCACCAUUGGAGAUGAUUACAACGAAAUGUAUACAGACAAUUCUGUUGUGUUCCACACGGGUUAUGGCUACAAUUCCCAAAUGCCAUAUGGUCCAUAUUCUCCAGUGACCACAGUUCUCCCUUCUGUUAAUGGUGAUGCACAGCUAUAUCUACAUCCAGCUCAGCAAUAUACAUUCUUUGGAUCACCAUAUUAUCAGAUUAUCCCUUGA